ACUCCAUCAUGUUUACGUCCCGCUCAAUCAUGUUUGCGCUGCUCAGCUUCCUCGCUAGCGCCAAUGCCUGUGUAAAGUGCCCAGCCAAAUUUAACGUCGAGCAUGACGAUGUUGCCACAUACGUAUCCGAACGUACCAUCCCACAAUACCCAGGCGGCCCGGUCAUACUUUGCUCUUACUACAGUGCCAAGUUAUAUGGCGGCGACUUAGUGCACUGUGCGUAUUACACUUCCAACAGCCAGUUUGGAGGAGGAUUUGACUCUUGUCCGACUAGAGCAACUGUGACGGAUCACUGCUGAACGGAGGUGGGGGAAACGAGACACCCAACGGGAGGAGCAAUGUCCUUGAGGAUGUGUUCGCGUAUUACAACUGGUCGAC